UAUAAAAUAUAAUUAUAUAAGAUCAACUUUAUGUAUACAGUGCAAAUAGCACAAAUAAAUCAAUGUUUGAUAUGUUGGUAAGUCCGUUUUGAAGAUAUAAUUUAGUUUUCAACGUUUCUCUUUUCUCGUUCAUCGUUCCUCUGUGUCUUUUAUUGCACAAUUCACCCGUUAUAAGCUUUAAACCAUCGUUUGGCACUCCUUGUUCUACCCGAUCUAAGUCAUAAAUUUUUAUUUGGACAUGUCUGUUGUCGACAACGUCUACGAGAGCUGGGAGGAGAUGGAUGAGUCGGGGGUAAGUUCAUAGAAUGAGGUUAACUUCAAAAUUCAACAGGGUUCUUGAUAAAAAAUUGAAAGCUCUUGAUGUGAAUUCUGUCGACGUUCUUCAAGAUGAAUCAAGAAAUAAAGAUUGUAAAACUGAUGCACGUAUUAUUAUUUUGGGUGAAGGAAGAAUAAGAUCACAAUAUGCUCCAAAAUCUACUGUAAAAAUAUUAAAAAGGCCAGAUAGAAAUAUACAAGGUGACGGACCACAUUUAAAUGGUGAUAAGCCAAAACAACCAAUUAAAUCAUUAAAACAGAGAGAACAAGAAUAUGCCGAAGCAAGAAAACGAAUACUAGGAGAAGAAAAAAGUCCUGAUGAAAAAUUAGUUUCGGAAAUUAAUAGGAUACAGGGAAAAACAUUAGUAGCUGGUAAUAGUAAUUUAGUAACACUAAAUAUCACAAGAAUGCCAACAGGACCUGAUGGUACUAAAGGAUUUAAUGUACGCAGGUAGCAUGUAUAAAAACAUUCAAUUCUAAUCAACCAUAUCACUGCUCUUCUAUCUUGCUCUUGGUAAGAGAAAGAAAACAAGAGAAAAAAUGGCUAUGAGGCCAAAUGGAUUAUUAUAAGUGCCCUGAAUAAUCUGGGUCUUAAUAUUUCUCUACUGGACAGAGAAAUACUCUGACAGUUGCUUCCCGUGAAAAUGUUUAUGAGGGGAAAUAUAAGAAUGACGAUGCCUUUAUAUAAUUUCAGUCAAAAUAACCAUGACUAUAUAAUGCUACUUAUUGUCGAUGUAACAAUUUGACACUUCAAGUUAAGUCAUUUCUAAAUAAAAUGAUUUAUUAAAAAAUUUAUUUUUAUAUUUCUU